GUAAACAGACAACAUGGCGGCGGCGGUGGCAGCGGCGCCUGGGGCCUUGGGCACCUUGCAGGCCGGCCGCGCUCGCUUGGUGGCCGCUUGCUGUGCGCGGCUCGGCCCCAGGUGGAGUCUGCCCGGCUCCUGGAGGAGCCCGCGGGUCGACCCGGCGAUCUGGGUCCGGGGCUGGACUCCCGCGGCCGGGGGGGCGGCCUGGCGGAGGGGCUACAGCUCGGAGGUGAAGACGGAGGAUGAGUUGCGGGUGCGGUAUCUGGAGGAGGAGAACCGAGGUGUGCCACGGUGCAGCUCACCUGUAAAAGUGGCCCUACUCGGCGCCGAGGACAGAGGUGCAGCUUCCGUCCUCAUCUCUAGACGAGCCAAGGUCAAUAAACCCGGAAUUGUGGUGCUUGGAAUAAACAGAGCUUAUGCCAAAAAUUCAUUGAGUAAAAAUCUUAUAAAAAUGCUCUCAAAAGCUGUGGAUGCUUUAAAAUCUGAUAAGAAAGUACGGACCAUAAUAGUCAGAAGUGAAGUCCCAGGGAUAUUCUGUGCUGGUGCUGACCUUAAGGAAAGAGUCAAAAUGAAUUCCAGUGAAGUUGGUCCUUUUGUCUCCAAAAUAAGAGCAGUGAUUAAUGAAAUUGCUAAUCUUCCAAUGCCAACCAUUGCAGCAAUAGAUGGACUUGCUUUAGGUGGUGGACUUGAACUGGCUUUAGCGUGUGAUAUAAGAGUAGCAGCUUCCUCAGCAAAAAUGGGCCUGGUUGAAACAAAGUUGGCAAUUAUUCCUGGUGGAGGUGGGACGCAGCGACUGCCACGUGCCAUUGGGAUGUCCUUGGCCAAAGAGCUCAUCUUCUCUGCACGUGUGCUCGAUGGCCAAGAGGCCAAAGCCGUGGGCUUGAUCAGCCAUGUUCUAGAACAGAACCAGGAGGGGGACGCUGCCUACAGAAAGGCCUUGGACCUAGCAAGAGAAUUUUUACCUCAGGGACCUGUUGCAAUGAGAGUGGCAAAAUUAGCGAUUAAUCAAGGGAUGGAGGUCGAUUUAGUAACAGGAUUAGCCAUAGAAGAAGCUUGUUAUGCUCAGACUAUUCCAACGAAAGACAGACUUGAAGGUCUUCUUGCUUUUAAAGAGAAAAGGAUCCCUCGCUAUAAAGGAGAGUAGAAGAAACAGAAAACUUUAAAAUGCCAGUGUAAUAAAUGUGCUUCUGGAAGUACCUUUCAGACCCACGUAUGCCUCAGCACCUGGAAUCCCAGCAACCAAAGGGAAGAGCGAGUUAUCUGUGUACUGAAUUACAUAUCUGGAGUGGACCCAUUUGUGUACUGUGUUCAAAUGUGUGUCAUCACAUUCAUUCCGAUUCAUGAAGCUAGUAGUGCAUACUGUCAAAAACACCGGUCCAGAAUUAGGUAUACAUUUCUAAAUACCUCCUGCAUAUGAGGCUUUCUGUUGUUAAUUUUUUUAAUGUGAAUAAUUUAUAUAUUGCCCAUUCUAGGAAGAAAUAUUGAUUGUAUGUCUCCUCUGCUGCAGUAUGAAAAUAAAAUUAUUUCUAUAUACCAAAAAUGUGAAGUUAUACCAAAUAAAGUUUCUAAGGGAUUGUACAUACAUGCACCCACACACAUACAUCUCAUACUGAGAAAGGAGUUGAUAGAAUUCUGAGUGAA